AUGGCAUGGUUCUUUGCUUUUGACGAUGAUGUGGACAGUUUUCUCACGUCAGAAGAGUUUGUGAAGCAGGAUCCCUCUGCUUUUGUAAAACACUGGCUUGACCCGAACCGCAGCGGCCCAGAGCCAUAUGUUCUCCCAAGCUGCAUCAUCUACCGUACCGUUGGUCCCAAGCUUGCUGUGGGAUGGUCAAACGAAUCCAAAGCCCAGUUUCAAAAGACGACAGUUGAAUAUAUCGACUGCUUAAUGGAAGUUAGCAAACAGCGAGAGAAAUACUUGCCGUCACUGGGUGAAUACAUUGAAGGAAGGAUAAUCAAUAUCGGGGUCUACCCAACACUUGACUUGAUAUCUUACGCCGCCGACAUUGAGGUAUCUGACGAGGUGCUGAGGCAUGAGUCGGUGCAGACAAUAAGAUAUCAUAUUGUCCGAAUCAUAUGCUUGUGGGUAUCAACAUUCCCGUGGUAA